ACAUCCGCUCGGUGAUACGAUAUUGAAAUAAUAUCUACCAAAUAUUGAUUCUUCAUUGUUGCACUGAAGAGGAAUUUCUCGAACUGUACAAAAACUCUCACUCUGCAUCCAGGAUAAGGCAAAAGAAGGUGCUUUUUUGAUGACUGACUUUGAUUUCGGGCCCAGAACUUCGGAAUAAACGACCGCGACAGAUUUCAACACGAGCACAAAUCCAGGGUCAACAUUUUCUGUAUACCCGUUUAAGGUAUGGGUAACGCCAUCAAUAAGUGUUUGGACACCGGACGGGUCCCGCUCGCCUGGCAGUCUACCUAUAUCAUUAGAAUCAAGACCGGAGACAAGAAAAACGCCGGGACGGACGCUCACGUCUCAAUCCGGUUAUAUGAUGACGAGGGGGAGAGCAGCCCGCUGAUGAAGCUAGACGUCCCCAUGCGGGACGACUUCGAGCGCGGCCAUGUUGAUGAGUUCCGGAUACGUAACCACGAGCUCUCGCUGGGUCCAAUUGCCAGGAUUGAACUCAAUCGCGAUACCUCUGGCAUCACGAACGCCAAUUGGUUUGUUGAUGUCAUUGAGGUUCUGGACAACAGGACGAAGGGUAACUACAUCUUCCCUGUUCACCGCUGGGUUGAGGCCAAGUGUCCGCUGUUUAUUCAGCGUCUCGACGCCGUGCUGCCGCAGUUUGACAAGUACAAGGAGUUGCGGGACGCUGAGUUGGAGGCAAAGAAGAAUGUGUAUGAGUACGGUAGAGCAGGGGAGGGACUACCCGUCAAGGUCAAGAACUUCCCCCAAGAUGAAGAGUUCUCCGCCGAGUACAAGAAUGAUUUAACGGAACUGCAGGAUAACGUCAAGGGCUCUCUGUUGAUCACGAAGUUACUCUCUGGCGGAGGGAAUUUCGAAUCCAUCAAAGAACUGAAGGAGAUCUAUGGGAGGCUCGAGCAUAUUGACAGGCCAAAGUCGAUGGAACAUUGGAGCGAAGACGCCUGGUUCGGCGCUCAGAGAGUCAUGAGUUGCAACCCUGUCAUUAUCAAGUUAUGCACCGCCAUACCAGACAACUUCGGUGUGACCGACGAGAUGGUGGAACCAUUCUUAGAGGGCAUGAAGCUGUCAGCCGCAAUGGAAGCCAAGAAAAUUUACAUUUGCGACCUGAAGGUUAUGGUUGGAAUAGAUGGUCUUCGCGGCAAGGUCACCCAGCCGAUUGGCCUCUUCUACGUGAACAAGGCUGGGGACAUCAUGCCUAUCGCCAUUCAACUCUUCCAAGAGAAGGGAGAGGGAAACCCAGUUUUCCUACCCAGUGACGACCCCAACCUAUGGCAGCUGGUCAAAAUCUGGUACAACGUUGGAGACAGUGGCCUUCAUCAAUCUCUGACACAUCUAGCGUAUACCCAUCUGAAGGCUGAAGGCAUCGCCGUCUGCACACACAGAAACCUCUCCCCGUCUCAUCCAGUCUUCAAAAUACUUGCUCCACACUUCCUGUACAUAAUGGCCAUCAAUUACCGUGCGUUGAACUUUCUCCUUGCCGUGGGUGGACCGAUCGACAAUUUGAUGGCCAUCGGGAUCCCGGGAUUCUUCAAACUUCUUGAAAAGAAACAAGGGGAUUUCAGGCUGAACGUAGAAGGACAUCUGAUUAACGACCUGAAGGAGCGAGGGGUUGACGACGCAGAGGCAUUGCCCUUCUACCCCUACAGAGACGAUGCCAUGUUGACUUGGAAUGCCCUCAAGAAAUAUGUGAAAAACACUCUAGCAAUCUACUACGAGGACGAAAAGCAGAUGCAAGAGGACUCAGAGCUGCAGCAGUGGGCCAAAGAGCUCUCUCUUUCCUUCGAGGAUGGCGGCAUUGGGCUGAAAGGAGUCCCGGGAGAAGGCAAGUUCGAGAAGAGAGAAGACCUGAUCGAGACCUUGACCUGCACCAUCUUCAUGUGCAGCGUGAAACAUGCGGCGGCUAACUUCUCACAGUACGACGACUACGCGUUCACGCCGAACUUCCCAAUGCAUCUGGUGACUGAUCCACCCACGGAUAAGGUGCCCAGAACGCCUGAGGACGUUGUCAAAGCACUUCCAUCCAAGAACGACACCCUUGGAGUCAUCGCCAUCACCAAGACCCUGAGUUUGAAGGGGACCAAGUCUCUUGGAGACUUUGAAGUCAAGUAUUUGUACGACAUCAGGGCCCAGGCAGUCAAUGUCGAGCUGAUGGAGGACCUGGUCAAGGCAAGCCGAGUUAUUGGCAAGAGAAACAAGGAGAGGAAAUUCACAUACGAUAUAUUGGAUCCGGCUGCAGUCCCUAAUUCAAUCAGCAUCUAGACAGCCAGUCUAUGGUAACUUCUUUACGAAAGCAACAACUUAAAGUGCGGUAGUGAUAAGCAGCUUUUGUGAUCGUGUUUUUUAGGAAAUACUUUGAAAGGAGAGACAAUGCAUAUCUUUGAAUCUGACGCCUGUUAUGAUCGAUUAAAGUAACGUUCUUUUACUGGCUCAUGCAGUUGCUAUAACAACCUUCAUAGCAAUGCAGUAUUUUAGUGGUCAAGGCCGAAGUUAACCUUCAUAUUGUACCUCAUCUAGAUCAACAGGGAUAAACACAUGUAUGUUUGGGUACUAAGUCGAGAAAAAGUUAUAUAUCUAUUUAAAUCUUCGGUGUGCGCUCUCGUGGCUAUCAACUUGCUAUUAUUGGAGGUAGUUGGAAGUGGAAUUUCGAUUCUGCGCACUUCUUUACACUUUUUAGUAAAUUGGCAUUUCUGUUGAAGCCAACAAGCUCAUGAUGUGGUCAAAGGGAGUUUGCAGGAAUCCAGGAAGAAAUAAAGAGGACGAAAUGUCAUGUUUAUAUUAUAUCAUAUAAAUACAAUGAAUAAGUUUAUUCAUCAAGAAGAAGAAUGUACAAGGGAUAUUGCAAUGUUUGU